AUGGCAGACACUUUGGAUAAGUACUCAUUUAGUUGUUCUGUGUGUCUGGAGCUUUUCACUGACCCGGUCUCUACUCCAUGUGGACACAACUUCUGCAAACUCUGCAUUGAGAAGUACUGGGACAGCACAGAGCUGUGUCGCUGUCCCCUGUGCAAGGAGAUAUUUUACAAAAGACCCGAGCUUCGGAUCAACAUCUCUUUCCGAGAGGUGGUCGAUCACUUUAAAAACACGAAUGCAGUCACAGUGACGAGCGAUGAAGCCCGUGAGGCCAAACCUGGUGAAGUGGCUUGCGAUGUCUGUGCAGGUGUGAAGCUGAAGGCCAUGAAGUCCUGCCUGGUUUGUAUGGCAUCUUAUUGUGAGACCCACCUGGAGCCUCACAAGACAGCAGCAGCUCUGGGUAGACAUAAGCUGAUUGAGCCAAUCAGAAACCUGGAGGAGAGAAUAUGUAAAAAGCAUGAGAAGAUCCUCGAGCAGUUCUGUAGGAAGGAGGAACAGUUCAUAUGUCAGAUCUGUGCUGAGACCGACCACAGCCAACACAAAGUUGUAACAGCAGAGUCCGUGUUACAGCAAAAAAUGAUUCAGGUCAAGAGGAGAGGGAGAGAGGUGGAGCUGAUGAUACAGGAUCGGCAAAAGAGGAUUGAGGAAAUCAAUCACUCAAAGAAACAAACCAAGGAGAAUGCAAAGAAAGAAAUGGAAGCAAGUGAUCAGGUCUUCACGUCUGUGAUAGAGUCCAUUCAGAAGACCCACAAAGAGCUUUUGGAAGAGAUUGAGGCCAGACAUGAUGCUGAACAGAUGAGAUUUGAAAAGCUCAUCAAAGAACUGAGGCAGGAGAUUUCUGAGCUGGAGAAGAAAAAUGUUGAACUGCAGCAGCUCUUGCACAUUGAAGACCAUAUCACCCUCACGCAGGCAUUCAGUGAAGCCUACACGCUACCAUCAACUCAGAACUGGCUCAGCAUCCCUGUUAAUGAAGUGGACUUUUUGGGUUAUAUACGCACAUCUUUGAUUAAUGCACGAGAGUUCAUCAACCUGGAAAUAAGAAAGCAGUCAGCCACUGAGCUCAAGAAAGUUCGGCGAUAUGCAGAGGACAUCACCAUUGACCCCGACACUGCGGGGCCCUGGCUCAUCGUCUCUGAAGACGGGAAAGAAGUCAAGCAGUCUCCAAAGAAGCAGAAAGUUCAGAGCAGCCCAGCGAGGUUCACAGAAAACCCUUUUGCUCUUGCGAUGAAGGGUCUAACCACAGGCAGGCACUACUGGGAGGUUGGGGUGAAGGAGAAAUCCAACUGGGUGCUGGGAGUCGCCUCUGGCGCUGUAAAGAGAGGAGAGCAGAUCACUCCGUCCCCUGAGAGUGGAAUGUGGACUGUUAGUCACGUGGACGGAGGGCAGUAUUUUGUGCUCACGCAAAAUCCUUUUCCUUUGACGUUGUCUCCUCGUCCUCAGAGGGUGGGGGUGUUUGUGGAUUACGAAGAGAGAGAGGUGUCGUUCUUCCAUGUAGAGGCCAAGACUUACAUCUUCACCUACACAAAGUGUACCUUUACAGACAGGGUUUACCCCGUAUUUAAUCCAUGUUUGACGACAGAAAAGAAGGAGGUGGCUCCUCUGAAAAUUAUGACAGUAGAGAUUACAAAAUGAAAACACUCACCAAAUGUCAUCAUCCAAAGCAAAACAGACCUACUUUUCUUACUGUUACAUAUAUAGCCUAGAUAAUGAUUGUAUAGGUCCAGACACAAACACUGAUCUAAUGUAAUAGUUAUGAUUUACCCUGAAGCCUAAAAGGAAUAUUACACCUUAUAAUUACUGCAUCACAUUACCAUCAGUGCUUCUUGUAUAUUUCUAGGGUCAGUGUGUUGUUUGCUGCCGUUUUGCUUACAUAUUAAUUUUUUUCACAUUGAGAUAUUUCCAGUGUACUAAAGCUAUAAUAAGGUAGCACAGCAUUUACAACUUUAAAAUUCAUUACUAUUAAAAAAAAUCACAGCUUUACUUGUGUGAUGGAUUGUGCAACAAGUUAACAGGAUUUAUCUGGGUGUUUUCUGAUCUAUUGUUUUUAUAUUUGUUCGUUUGAUUUUAUCUUACAUUUUAUUUACUUUUCAUCUUAGAGCAAAUUUUUUUGUUAUUGUGUUUUUAGAUUGUCCUAAAUCUUCUGUUUGCCUGAUGUAAAGCACUUUGAAUUGCCUCUGUGGUUUUGGGAGAUGUACAAAUAAAGUUACAGUACAUAACGUAAUAGAAAAUAAAGUAACUAUAACAAAUGCUGAUGAACACAUAGAGUUAGUUUUGUUUUAAUCAUCAUUGUUUGAGAUCUUCUGUAAUUUUUUUGAGUUAAAAGUUUUU